AUGGGUAGCUGUUGGUCGGCCAAAGCUGUCGAAAUGGAUGACGGCGUGAAGGUAUUCUGGAGUGGGCAUCUUACCAAGGGACACGCUGACAGGCGGCAUGCGUGGCUUCAUGAGUACUCCGAGGCCCAGCUGGAGAUUAAGGCCUCCAUGCCGCCUUUCAACAACGCGAACAAGAUGGAUGUGCCUGCGUUCGUAGAACAGUUCAAUGUUCCCACUUUUGGGCCAAACAUCGCCAAUUCGGUCAUGCGUAUCUUUUCGACUGAAGCGAUUCUGCGCGUUGCCAAACAGCUCGGCGUCGUGAUUCCAACUUACGUGCUUAGCACCUUCGUCCAGGAUAAGAUGGUGAAAGUGCACGACAUGAUCAGGUACGCUCGACAAACCGCCGCGAUCGCCGACAAGAACGCGGGCGCCAUCGACAAGCUUGAGAGGUUUGUGCAAGCGUUCAAGGCGCUCGAUAGCAAAUCGGUCCCCGACGUUGCCUCCUGGCAGGCGUUUGUCCUGGAGCACGUGCCAGCAGGGUGGGAGUCGAGGCUCCAUUUCGACCACCUGCUCGAGAACUUCGGCUUCGCAAAGGAGGCCUCCGACGAGCUGAGGGCAGCGCAGUUCGUGAAGGAGGACGGGGAGACUGUAACGUUUGAGCAGCACGCUUAUCGUUGGCUCAGCAAGGCCUUCUCCGCGUAUGGCCCUAAAGGAGCGCUCACGGACGUGGUCAACCUGGUGUUCGCCAUGUCUGGCGCUUCUGCUAAAGGUCUCAGCGACUUGGACGUCGCCAGGCAGAUCGACCAGUUCACCAGCAAGGUCAUGGCCGGAGACUUGAAGGGCCUGUGGGUUCCGAACAAGUUCUUCAUGGACUGCGAGGUGGACGACUGCAUGUGCUGGGCGCUCCUUCAGUACAUCCACGAGACGAGGGGCACGACCCUCCACGUCCUGGCGCAGAUGGCGCCCGACAAGGAGCUGGACGUGCUGGAGAAGCGCUGGGCGCAGCUGCCGGGCUGCGAGGUCUGGCGGGACCCCGACUCCCGCAACGCCAAGGCGAUCAGGACUGGCCACGGCAUUUGA